UUAGUUGCUUGUGUAAAGACACCAUGAACUAUUUUUCGUCGCUGUUAGAAUGAUAAUUUUUCAUCUAGAACACGGCAUUCAUAGCUUAUUUUGAGAACGUCCAGGACAUUUUAAGCCAUGAUUUUCACUGAAUUAUGGCCAUACAGGAAGUGAUUAGCCAAGAAAUGACAAAGCCAACAUAGACUGUUUCUCUUGGCUUCCAUUAGGACACUUAAAGAUAAAGAACUCACCUUUAUCUUUAACACUCCAGGAUACUUCACAAGUACAUCUUAUGUCCUGAGAUAUUCAUGCGACAUUCAAACCCAAACCCAUGACAAUGACGAAACAGGUUGCAAUAGGAUCUUGGAAACCCCACGUGCCAUAGAAAGUUUGAGCAACUGAGCUGUAUCACAAGUUUCCAUUUUCAAAGUGAAGAGGUAACACCAGGCAGCAUGGAAGGUGAAACUGAUCCAAUCGCGGAGAGCCAACAUAAUGAGGGUGGAAAGAAAGAACAAAAUGUAUCUACAGUCCAUUUCAACUUUGGAGGUCGUACUGAAAACGCAAUAACAUUAAAUCUAAAUUCUUUAAAUACAAAGUCAACCUUUGAUCUUUCGAAUACAAACUGCCAGCAAGCAACAUCUUUCUUCAUGGUGCGGUCUUUCAAAUGCCUGAGCUGCAGUGCAUUAUUUACUUCUGCAGAGGACAUAAAAUCACAUGUAAAGACACACAAGAAGGAAAGACCGUCACAGCAGUCACGGAAGGUUGUUGAAUUGGUUAGAAAUGAUGAUUCCUACUUAAAGAGUGUGAAAAAACCUAUAGGCGGUGUGGACAGUGCGACAUUAACCAGCAUGCAUGGAGCAAACAAUGCAUGUAAGCUGGGUGAUAGUAUCAUGAAUUCACCCCUUGCUAUCCAAAAGCCUGUGAUGCUUUCUAGAAGGACUGAUGGGUCGAACCCUGAGCCAGUGCUAUCCAAUGAUAAGAUACAGCCGCAACCCUUUCUGCCUAAACCUUUCAUACCCACGGUCAUCAGGGACAUUAAUCCUGCUUCUUACGAUGUAGCUUCAAAUGAACCAAAUUGCCAUGCCACCAGUGAUACUGGUCCUCUCGAUGGUGAGGCCAUCCUGCCAAAGGAUCGGAUGUCGGAAACUGAUGGGGUAGGGAUGUGUAGAAAAUUGCAAGAGACUCAUCAAGAGUCUACUAAAGAAAGUCCAGUUUCUGUCUUAGAAAGGAUUACAGACAUGACAUUUGAUGAUACAAACACAAACCCAAGUACAGCUGCAGAGAGUGCUUCUCUUCGAUAUUCAUCAUCUAAACAAAGCAGGGAAGAUGCAUUGAUAACUGAACUGGAUGAUUCUAUGUUACCGAUGCCAUGCUGUAGGUGUGGAAUAUGUAAUGCCAGUUUCUCAUCAAGGAUAGAAGUAUCAAAGCACAUUAAGAUCACACAUUACAGAUGGUCCUCAAAUGAGUAUAGGCAGGAGAAUCAUGGAGAAGAUGACCAGGAAUGUCCAAUUUCUGAUUUGAUUGAACUUCCGAGUGUGAGUGGCAAGGCAACUUUCUUUCUUCCUGACUUUAAUGACAUUGACAAAUUUCUAAGAGGGUCUCCUUCUGCAGACCUUGCUGAUAAAGAGGAUCAGGUACUUACCAUGAAAACUGUGAAUGAUGAACAUCCCACUACCAGAACAUGUGAUGUCACACAUCUAGCUACUGUUGGUACUUACUUGACUUCUAAUCCUGAUGACUAUGCGCAUGGUCCACAUUCCAACAGUGUUGAUGAUGUUUAUACAGGCAUUGCAACAAUUAAUGCCCAUACCAUUACUAACGAUAGAUAUGUCUCUUCUGGUGGUACUUGGGAGAAAGAUGGAUGCGGUAGUAACGUCAGGAUGGAUUCCAACACCAGGACAUCAAGUGCAAUCAGUUGCAGGAGAGAUGAUAAAGGACGUAGGCAAUUUUCAGACAGCUUGGUUUCCAUACAAAAUGAUCUUCGGUAUCUUUGUGAACUAUGUGAAUUGAAUUUUGCAUCUUUUGACACUUGCAGCCUUCAUAUGAGAACUAAACAUAAGAAAACACCUAUGCUGCCUGCAGCACUGCAGGAUUCCAAUGUGAAGCAGAUAGAGCAAUCUUUCUCUUUCGCUAUCUUGCCCAAAGUUUCUGACACAUGUUCCAGGAAUGGCCCCAAGCGUAUCUUCAUUUGUUCACUUUGUGGAGACCAGUUUUUGUCUUUACGAUACUGCAGCAAGCAUAUUAAGGAGGAGCACCUUCCACAAUGUAGUUCAGAGACUGACGCCAGGGGAACAGAGAGAGAUGAACAGAUCGAUGAAAGCACUUGGAAUGGUUUAGGAAAAGUUCAACUCAUGAAGAGAGAGGAGCAUGACAGAGAGAUAACAAUGGACCUCUUACUGAAACUGACUCAAAUUAUCCUGGCAAGGUACAAAUCUAACGAACAGACAGAUGAUGAUGAUGAUGGCUCGGAAACAGAUGGUCAAGUGACAGGUGAUAGCAUAGUAGGAGAUAGUGCUACAGGUUGCUUGAGAGAUUUACAGUGUGCAGCUGAGGAAGAUUUUGAAGCCAUAGAUCACGUUGAUGAUUCAGUUUCAUCAGAAGUAAAUCCCGAGGACGCACUACAUAACAAUGAUGAACUGUCGACGGAGCCAACAUCAUUGAUGUAUCAUUGUUUUGUCUGUCCUGAACGUUUUCCAUCUUUCAGGGAUUGUGGGAGACAUAUGAUUAACAAGCAUGCAGAAGAUGAAGAGAAGUGGGAAGAGGUGCUAGGCUCACACCAAACAACACUUGAUCAACUUAAGAAUAUGUAUCAGGUAAAUGAACAUCUUGAGGAGCCUACAGACAAAGGGCUUUUAGGAGAGCACACCCUGAAUGAAAGUGCCACAACAAGUGGAGAGAGAAGACACAAAAGCACUUCUUCAAAUAAGGAGAAGGCAUCAGAGCAGUUACAUGGACCCACCAAAGAUGAGACAGGUGAUGGGGAGUUAAGAAGGCAGAGACUACCUGAUGAUAUUGGUACAGUAGUAGAUGAUGGAGCAGCAAAUCUUGAAGAGCCCUCUCCAAAGAAGAUGAAACAUAAUCUAAGGAACCUGCGGUCAAAGGAUGUCAAGUUAAGCAGUGUAAAGCAAAAGGUGGUCCAAAAAAGGAAAAGAGUGCAAAAAGGAAACCAGGAACAAAGGAAACGUAAAAAUCAGGAUCAAAGUCCUAAAAGCCCUAUGACUGUAGGCUCCUCAAAAAGUGGAGAAAGAAGACACAAAAGCACUUUUUCUAAUAAGGAGAAGGCAUCAGAGCAGUUACAUGGACCCACCAAAGAUGGGACAGGUGAUGGGGAGUUAAGAAGGCAGAAACUACAUGAUGAUAUUAGUACAGUAGUAGAUGAUGAAGCAGCAAGUCUUGAAGAGCCCUCUCCACAGAAGAUGAAACAUAAUCUAAGGAAUCUGCGGUCAAAGGAUGUCAAGUUAAGCAGUGUAAAGCAAAAGGUGGUCCAUAAAAGGAAAAGAGUGCAAAAAGCAAACCAGGAACAAAGGAAACGUAAAAAUCAGGAUCAAAGUCCUAAAAGCCCUAUGACUGUAGGCUCCUCAAAAAGUGGAGAGAGAAGACACAAUAGCACUUUUUGUAAUAAGGAGAAGGCAUCAGAGCAGUUACAUGGACCCACCAAAGAUGAGACAGGUGAUGGGGAGUUAAGAAGGCAUAAACUACAUGAUGAUAUUAGUACAGUAGUAGAUGAUGAAGCAGCAAGUCUUGAAGAGCCCUCUCCACAGAAGAUGAAACAUAAUCUAAGGAAUCUGCGGUCAAAGGAUGUUAAGUUAAGCAGUGUAAAGCAAAAUGUCCAAAAAAGGAAAAGAGUGCAAAAAGCAAACCAAGAACAAAGGAGGCGUAAAAAUCAAGAUCAAAGUCACCUCGAAAAGGCUUCACCAUUCCAGUGCUCUGAGUGUUCUGAAAUCUUCAACAGUGCCUUCCAAUUAGAUAAGCACAUCAGUGGAAAGCACUGUGGCGUAAGUAGCCUGAAGUGCCAGAAAUGUGCACAGUAUGCAUCCACUCCUGCAGAAGAAAAGUACAGGAGCAUUCUGGAGGAGAUUACAGCUGUAAAGGAAGACAUCCUUAGUAGGGGAUUCAAGAAAAAGGGCGGAGCUGAAAAGAUUGAACAUUACUUUGAAUGCGUAGUCUGUGGUGAUGGCUUCCGAUACAGAAUGCAUUUUGAUAAGCACCCAUCAUGCCAUACCGAAUAUGUUUGUCGGAUGUGCCACCAGGAUUUCUCUUCGUUUACAGCUCUCUCCAUGCAUGUCCACAGUCAUAACUGCGGACCCCUUCCCUGUGAUGAAUGCGGAAAGACAUUCUAUAACACCAACUCAUGGCUGAACCAUGUGCUGCAACAUAAGAAGGAGCUGCAAUGUGACAUUUGUCAUGUGACCAUCGGCAAUCUACAGAACCUCAAACGCCACAAAAUCACCAAGCACCAUGUAGGAGAGAAGGACAGUUAUGAAUGUGGUGAGUGUGGCAAGACAUUUCACUUCAAAUACAAGUACCUGUUGCAUAUUCAGAAUGUCCAUACCCCAUAUGAUCCUGAAAACAACAGUGACUACCUGUGUGACCACUGUGGUAUGAAACUGAAGAGCGCUAGCUAUCUCAGGCUGCAUGUUUUGACACACCAAGAUGUAUUUACCUGUAAGCAGUGUGGAUGCUGGUUCAAACAACAGUCCCAGCUUGACCUUCAUAAAAAGCGUGCCCAUAUGAAUAGCACCUUCAUUGAGCCAGAGAAUCUUACAUCAUCACAGCCAAAGGAUACUACUCACCUAGACACAAACAUUACUGAGAGAGGAUCUGUUCUGCAGCAGCCCAAAGGAGACAAGCGCCAAAGGAAACACAAGAGAAAAUCAAGAUUGAUGCACAAGUGUGUUUUCUGCAAGACAUAUUUUAGGUCAGUGAAGUUAAAGAUUAGUCAUGAGGGACGACACAAAGGAGUUGCAUUCCAAUGUGGAAAAUGUGAUGCCCUGUUGCCGUCCUAUGAAGAUUAUGGGAAUCACUUGAGAAACACUCAUGAACACCCAGAGCAGCUUUAUUACAAGUGCAGUGUCUGCCCAAAGCGUUUCCAAGCACCCUGGCAGUUGGAACGUCACUCUAGGAGACAUUGUACCUGCAAGAAGUGUGGUCUAACCUUUGAAAAGAUGGACCUUUUGAUAGAACAUCUCGACACAAAUGAUGACUGUGGUGAUCCUCUUAGUACUGGCAAAUCCUCAAAACACAUGACACAUAGACAUCCAUCUCGUGUCUCGAACAGAUCCAAAUGCUCCUACAAGAGUUCUUCCCCUACCGACCUUGCUGCCUCUGCUGCCCUCACUGUCGCUGCUCAGGAAAAUGUACCUUCUAAUGUUUCUUCGAAUGUAUUACCCUUGGAAGGAAUAGAAAUGAUGGACAAUCUGUCAGAUGAGGAUGGAGCUACAGACCUACUAAUGUCAUUAGCAGGCUGUGUCGGUAACUGAACAUGCUGAUCCAUCUCGUACCAAAAACUAAUGUGUAUGCUUGCACAGUGCUGUAUUUCAUGUAAAUGUAAAGGUACAUGGAUGUUGUAUUUCUAGGACAUUUCAUGCACAUGUCACGUGUUUGCUCUUCCACCUCUAUGCAGUUGAAUUUCACAACUGUCAAUAGCAAUUUGGCAAGCUGAAUUGGGGGUAUUUAACAGAGGAUGUAAUUGAAUUAAACUUGGGAAUGCUCUUACCCGAAUGGUGAAAUUUAUCCAAGAUAGUUUGUGCUUGGCUUUAUUAGUUUAAAAGUUUCUUCAUCUUCCUUUUUAUUUUCAAUGGGACAAGGGCAGUUGGGGAAGGGCUGGUUUACGGCAGGGGUAGGGUCAUCAAACUUCACAUCAUGAAGCUGAUUGAAUGUCUCGGGUAUCUGCAAACGUGAUGACAGGUGCAGUUAGGUUUAUACCUUGGUUUUGGUGGUCAUUUUAUUUGUCUCCAGUUGUAAUAGGACCACGUGAAUCAUAAUAAUAAAUGAGGCAGGUUUUUUCUUCACUGUAUUGGUGUAUAAAUUGCCAUGGAUAUCUGCAUUAUUUGAAGUACAUGUUCAUGUUCAUGUAGUUUGUGAUUCAUUUCAGCAAGAACUGUACUGAAUUUGGGAAUAAAACGGGGGGUUUCUUUUAAUUUUAAUGCACAAUUACGGCCUGUUUGGAACUCAAUUAAAUGUUUCAAGAGCAUAAAAUGUUCAAGGCAAGAGGGUUUCUUUGUAAAGGAAUCGAUAUGAUUUUAGAUGAGCCUUACUUUCUUUCAAAUUUACAUUAGGUUCAAUGAAUUGUAAUUCCAAAUUAUUGGAGUCUGGAUCGUUGUGGCAUACUCUCUUUUCUUAAAGGGCAAUCCAACCUUUUUUAAUUAUUUCAUUUGUAUGAGAAGGGAAAGAUAAGAGAAACAGAAUGGCGAAAGUUUGAAGUAAAUCGAACCAAUAAUAAGAAAGUUAUGAGCAUUUGAAAUACGAGAUCACUAUUUUUUAUUCUGAAUCACGAAUUGACAAUUUGGUCACUGGAUUCAGACGUAAUUCGCGGACAACUCUCUUGUUUAUCGUGUUCAAAAUAUAGACUUCUGUUUUGUCUCAAAAUUUAUUGUGGUUUCCAUAUAUCAUCAAAGGUUCUAUAUAAAGAAAAGACCCUCCUGAGUAAUGAAUUUUGAAAAAUCUAUUUUUUGGGUAAUUUUUUGUGUUGGAACUAUUAGGAAGGUUGUCUGGCACUUUGUUACAUUGACACUGCCGAUUCAGCCAAUUUAAAGUGCCCAUACGUAUAGUGAUUGCAAAAAAUUGUCAUUGAUUUUUUUCUCUACUUUCACCAAUCUGCUUCUUUGUUAUAUCUGCAUACUUGUAGAGUACAUGUAUUUUACUAUUAAGAUUGAAUUUCCCUAUAACCGUACAAUUCCUGAAUUAUAUAUGAUAAAAACAUCUCCGUUGUUACUGUAUCAGUUGUUUUAAAAAUUGUAUCAGUUGUCCUUGUAUUUGAAAUAAUGAAGAUGAAGGUUGUCAUCAUCACCUCUUUCAUCAUCAUCAUCA